AAGACGGCCGCGGCGGCGGUCGGCGGGCCGGCGGCCGGACGGGAAAACACCAGUAACGGUCUGUCGGCUGCCGCGUGAACGUCCCCGGCCUUGUACAUACGCGACGUGUGUUCGUACCACCGCCACCGCACCGUCAUGAAUACGCGACGGCUGUCGUUGCCGCCGCCGCCGCCGCCGCCGUCACCACCACCACCACUGCCGUCGCAGUCACCACCACCGCCGCCGCCGCCGCCGCCGCCGCCGCCGCGAUAUCGCCGACACUGCCGCGGCCGCCGCCGAUGCGGCACGCACUUGGUUAACGGGCGUAGAACUUUCGAGACCGAUCGCCAGAAAAUAUAAUAUCUUUUUGCUUGCAGCGACACACACACACACGUGUAAAUAAUAUAUAGUACAUGACGCGCGAUUGAAUUUCGGACGUAAACGGUGGACGGAACGAUAAUCCCAGGACCUUUGAUGCGUUGGAAGAUGCCGAAUGUGGCGGUCGUCGCCGUUACCGUUGCCGCUCUGUUGCUGGUCGCCGCGGAAACGGUGUUGGCGGCCGGCGGCGGCGGCGGCGGCAGUGGCGGCGGUGGCGGUGGCGGCGGUGGCGGCGGCGGUGGACGACAACGCGGCGCGGCCACCGCCGCCGCCGACCGUCAGCAGGACUUCGACAGCGGCGACGACGAGUCCCCGCGGACGCCGGCCGCCGUGCAGUGCGCCAACUGUCUGGGCCACGAGGGCAUCAAGUCGCUGAGCAUCGAGCUGAUCAAAGCGUCGAUACUGAACAAGCUGGGCAUGCAGCGGCCGCCGGAGUUCGGUGGCCGGCUGCCGCCCCGGGUUCCCACCGAUCUGCCGCCGCUGCAGGAUCUGAUGCGCAAGUACAACAACGACCACAGCGGCUCGGUGGUGGUGAUGCCGCACCUCCGGCACAAGUCGCACCACAUGGACGACAGCGUCACCGACAUGCAGAGCGACGAGGCGAUCGGUUACUCGACCACCGCGGCCGCCGGCGCGUCCGCGGAGAACGCCAACAGCUACAACGUGGGCAACAUGGACGACGACGACUAUCACGUCAAGACGCACAAGCUCAUAGCGUUCGCUCAGCCGUAUCCCAAGGCGCAGAAACUAAAUGGCCACUAUCCGCUCUACUUUACGUUCUCCGAGCAAACGGGCCAGCAGCGGAUCACCGAAGCGAUCCUGUGGGUGUACAAGAGACGUUUGGACGUGGUCAUCGACGACCCGGUGGUCAUGAUAGAAGUACACAGAUUCAACCCAAACACCAAUCACCUGUCGUUCGUGUCCAGUAUAAAGCGCGUUAUCAACACGACCGAACCGGGCUGGGUGCCUAUUGACCUACAGAGGCGCAUGUCCGACUGGUUCAAGACCACGGACGGGGCCAAGAACUUGACGCUAACGGUGCACGCGUUUUACAUGAACAAGAACAUCACCCACGUCAGGACGCCGUACGUAACGGACGCCAGGAAAAGAGAAGACAUGACCGAGAUCCCGUACCUGGAGGUGCACACCGAAGACAGCCGGCGGUCUCGGGCCAAGCGCAACGUGCUGGGCAAGGACUGCGACGAAAACUCGAAAGAGCAGCUGUGUUGCCGGUACCCUUUGACGGUCGACUUCGAGGACUUCGGCUGGGAUUGGAUCAUCGCGCCCAAGAAGUACGAGGCCAACUACUGUUCGGGCGAGUGUCCGAUGGUGUUCCUACAAAAGUACCCGCACACCCACCUAGCACAGCUCACCAACAAGUCGGGUGCGUAUCCGGGCACCGGUCCGUGCUGCGCUCCCCGCAAACUAUCCGCCAUCUCUAUGCUGUACUUCGACCAGGACUUCAACAUCAUCUACGGAUUGUUACCCGGCAUGGUGGUGGAUAGGUGCGGGUGCAGUUAGAGAACAUCACCUCCGUCGCCGCAGUGGCGACCACGUCGUCAAAAAUAUGAUAAUAUUUAUUAUUAUCAUAUAUUUCGUCCCUGUUGCAUAUUGUCUUAUACCUAUAUUAUAUAUAUAUAUAUAUAUAUGUGUGUGUGUGUGUGUGUGUGUGUGUGUGUAUAUAUAUAUUAUUAGCGUUUUUAUCUUGUAUUUUGUUCGUCUGUUUGUUUAAAAUUCUACCCUCUAAUCAAACGUACCUGCGUGCAUUGGAGGAAUGUACGGAAUAUUUUUUAUAAUUUUAUAACUGGUUGUAUAAACACUGUUUUCUAUCAUAUGUACAGUGAAAAUGGUUCGCGUCCUAUAUACAUUUUCAUACUAAGAUUUGGGUUCUUAUAUUAUUAUGUAGGUAAUAAAACGAUAAUAGGUAUCUCGAAAUCUUUGACGUUUCUGUGACACAAACCACUAUUUUGAUUGUUCUGUGCAAUACCUUUUAAAUAGUAAAUUUAUGUAAUUUGCGACACGGGAAAAUAGUACGAGAAUCAGUCUUCCAUCCAUCCGCGAUAGUUAAACACCCGACAUCAAAACCUCCAAGAACAAAGUAUGACAUUAUACACUAAACUUCACAUAUAAGCGUUAUUAUUUGCAUUUAAUAUGAAUAGCAUAAUAAUAAUAUUAUAGUAAAUUUGUAGACGAUUUCUCUGUUUACGAACGUCUUUUUUAAAUCUACGAACAAUCUGCAGCAGGAACACUGCACUAGUCAAUUAUUACUCUUUGUCUCUACCUGUACCUAUAUUAUAUACAAGCGAAAACAAUAUACCAAACGGCAAUUAUAUGUAAUACUUAUAUAGCCAUUUUU